AUGCAGCAGGUAAAAAGAGGAGUGUCUGCAGUAUAUCACAAGGAGGAAGAAGUGGCGGUAUCAGAUGAGACUCCAAGAUCAUCAAACCAGCUUUGUAUCCGUGAUACCAAGCUCCUGCAGGAAAGAGCUCUGCCAUCUCCUCAUUGUCCUACCUUGGCCGAAGAUGGAAGCCAAGGAAACCUGCCAGGAGCAAAAAUCACACUGAUGAGCCAGCCUCAAGAGGCAGUGACAUUUGAGGAUGUAGCUGUGAACUUCAGUAAAGAGGAGUGGCAGUGUCUGACCCAUGCUCAAAGGCACCUCUAUAAAGAUGUGAUGUUGGAAAAUUAUGGGAACGUGGUAUCACUUGGAUUUCCAUUUCCUAAACCUCCUUUGAUCUCCCAUCUGGAGCAAGAGGCAGAGCUCUGUGUUCAGGAUCGACAGGACAGGGAGUUCCUGAACUGCUCCUACCCAGUAUCAGCUGCCAAGACACGGCCUGAGAAUGAGAAGGCAAGUUCAGAACAGGCGGUUUUUGAAAAUGGAGAAGUCUGCUGGGUGAAACUUAGAAGUCUCCUAAAAGUUGUUUCCCAGGAUCCAGAGGUUGGAGAAGUUUGUGUACAAGAUGUCAAAUUAGAGAAUCAAUGGGAAAUGCCUAUGAGGGAGAAACUGAGAGAAGAGAAAGAACGCUGUGAGAAAGUGACCUUCAAGAAAGGAAAGAACCAGAAGGUACUUAGAAAAAACUCAAAAAGUAUUCCAUAUAGAGUUCUUACAGAAAAGAAACUCCAUGAAUGUGCCAGGUGUGGCAAAAACUUCAGCUGGCAUUCUGACCUUAUUCUCCAUGAGCGAAUUCACUCUUGCGAGAAACCCUAUGUGUGUAAUGAGUGUGGGAAAGCAUUCAAGACCAAAAAUCAGCUUUCUAUGCACCAGAUAAUCCACACAGGGGAGAAACCCUUUAACUGUAGCCAGUGUGGGAAGGCCUUCAACAGUAGAUCAGCUCUUUGCCGACAUAAAAAAACGCACAGUGGGGAGAAGCCUCACCAGUGCAGCGACUGUGGGAAGGCCUUCAAGACCAGGAACCGUCUCAGGAUGCAUCAGAUCAUCCACACUGGGGAGAAGCCUUAUGAGUGCAGUGGCUGUGGGAAGGCCUUUCAGUUUAAGCAUUCCCUUAUCAUCCAUGGCAGAAGCCACACUGGGGAGAAACCCUAUGAGUGUGAGGAGUGCGGGAAGGCCUUCAGCGGGAGUUCAGACCUCAUCAAACACACAAGAAUCCACACUGGGGAGCGACCUUAUGAGUGCAGUGAGUGUGGGAGGGCCUUCAGCCGGAGCUCAGACCUAAGCAAACACACAAGAAUCCACACUCAGGAGAAACACUGUGGGUGCCCUCAGUGUGGAAAAGCCUUCAGCAGCAAGGCAGAGCUCACCAAACAUAGAAGAAUCCACACUGAAGAGAAGCCUUACAAGUGUAAGGAGUGUGGGAAAGCCUUUCGUCAUAACUGUAAACGCAGGGCUCAUGAACGAGAACACACUGGGGAGAAGCCCUAUCGAUGUGGGGAUUGUGGGAAAACUUUCCAGGAUCGGUACUGCCUUACCAUCCAUCAAAGAAUCCACACUGGAGAGAAACCUUAUAAAUGUUCAGAGUGUGGUAGAGCUUUCAGUGGGAAAUCAAACUUGACCAAUCAUCAAAGAAUCCACACCGGAGAGAAGCCUUACAGAUGUGAGGUGUGUGGAAAGGCCUUUCAUUAUAGUUCAGUCCUGAGGCAGCACAAAAGAAUCCACACUGGUGAGAAGCCAUAUACCUGCAGUGAGUGUGGCACGUCUUUCCGUCAGAGCUCAGCUCUGAUUGGACACAAGCGAGUUCAUACUGGGGAGAAACCUUAUGAAUGUGAGGAGUGUGGAAAAGCUUUCAGAGUGAGCUCAAAUCUUACUGGACAUAAGAAAAGAAAACACAGAGUGUGGGGAACCCACAAACUUGAUGAGAAUGGGAAAUCCCUCUCUCCAGUAACCGGUUCUCAGACCUUUUCAUUCAUCAAUAUUUUGACCACCAACACUUGAGGGUAGUGAUUCUGGUGUUUACACUUUCUCAUUUCUCCUACUUCUUACACUGGUCCCUCUUGUCUCCUGUAUUGGUUCUUCCUGGUUCCCUGACCCCCUAGUUGUGAGACCCCACCAAACCUUUGUCCUUGACCUUCCUAUUCAGUGUCUCUUCAGUGAGCACAUUCACUUCCAAGCCUUUGUCUAUCGAUAAUAGUACUGUAAUAUUAAAUACUAGUGCUUGACACAUGCCAGGCAUUAUUCUUUACAAUUUUUAAUCAUUUAAUCCAUACAACAUCCCUAUGGGAUGAGGAAAUUGAGGCAUAAAAAGAUGAAGAUACCUGCUGUGGAUCA